GGUACGGCUACUGCUUCCGGAGCGGCUCAGGCACUCUGGGGUUGUGGGGAUCGGCUUUCUCGGGUCCUGCGGACCUCUGCUUUCAUCCGCAAUGAGCUUCCUCAAAAGCUUCCCGCCGCCUACGUCGGAAGACGGGCUCCGGCUGCAGCAGCCAGACACCGAGGCCGUGCUGAACGGGAAGGGGCUCGGCACCGGCACCCUUUACAUUGCGGAGAGCCGCCUGUCUUGGUUAGAUGGUUCUGGAUUAGGAUUCUCACUGGAAUACCCCACCAUUAGUUUACAUGCAGUUUCCAGGGACCUAAGUGCUUAUCCUCAAGAGCAUUUGUAUGUUAUGGUGAAUGCCAAAUUUGGAGAAGAAUCAAAAGAAUCUGUCUCUGAUGAAGAUGAGGAAGACAGUGAUAAUGAUGUUGAACCCAUUACUGAAUUUAGAUUUGUGCCCAGUGAUAAGUCAGCACUGGAGGCGAUGUUCACUGCAAUGUGUGAAUGCCAGGCCUUGCAUCCAGAUCCUGAGGAUGAAGACUCUGAUGAUUAUGAUGGAGAAGAGUAUGAUGUGGAAGCACAUGAACAAGGGCAGGGCGACAUCCCUACAUUUUAUACCUAUGAAGAAGGAUUAUCCCACUUAACAGCGGAAGGGCAAGCCACGCUGGAGAGAUUAGAAGGGAUGCUUUCUCAGUCUGUGAGCAGCCAGUAUAAUAUGGCAGGAGUCCGGACAGAAGAUUCAGUAAGAGAUUAUGAAGAUGGCAUGGAAGUAGAUACCACACCAACUGUUGCUGGACAGUUUGAGGAUGCAGAUGUUGAUCACUGAAGAUGAUGUAUGCUGCUAUACAAUUCUCUCAUAAUGGCAGGCGAGAACUUGGCGCCUCUUCCACUCCAGAGUGGGGCUGGUGAAAGGCUUUUUCCUUCUCCAAAACUCACUUUUCAAGACAGACUGUCAUGAGACAUCGAGCUCAUUACCAACAGAAGAGACUGUGACCUUUAUCAACAAAGGUGAAUUAACUGAGCGGGUAUUUCUAGUUCUCAUUUACCCCCAAAUUUCCUGUCUAGGUGUCUUCUGAGUAGGCCUCUAGUUCCUGCCUCUGCUGCGUGCACAUCUGUCGGCCGGAUGGCUUCCAUGGUGAAAUGUACAGAGCUCACACUGUAUAGACUGGGUGAGAAAGAGAUGCUGAAGCUUAGAUGUCUCUCUGGGGGUUAAAAGAACUCUUAUCCCUGAGAUAAAAGUACAGCCCUCAGGGGGGGGAGUCUCUAGCAUUUCCACAGAGGCAUGGGUCCUUUACUUCAGGCUAACUCUAGGUCACCUCUGGAAGAAACCUCAGUCACACCUCGCCAGGACACGAGACUUCUCUGCUGACUUCUGUUCUCCCUCCUCAUCCCAGUCUGCUCUGUUCUGUUCUCCCAGCUUUAGGUCCUUGACUGUCUACUCUCCUAGCUUUCUGUAACACAAUAAAUAAUCUGUAAUGAAGUCUGCAAAGAACACUUAAUGAUGUUUUGUCUUUGUAAUAGUUAACAAAUAAAUCUAGGUUUUCUAUA